ACAACUCAGUCCAGCGAGGCUUUCUACAGUUCACACGCAAAGUUGCAAACUAUACCAAAUAUUUUUCCAUACCAAAUAUUCAUCUCUCUCUCUCUCUCUCUCGAUCUAUCUAAAUAAGCUAACUAUUUGUGGUCAUCGCGUGAAUGGUGUCUGUUAAUGGUUCGGCCCGGUGAAAGAUCUUCAAGCCGAGUCUUGCGGAGAUGGAUUAGGCGCGCACACGCAUAGCAAACAGAAAGAAAAACCCAAAAAAAAGUUGAAAAAAAACGUAAAUCUAACGAUACCCUUCAGCUCCCACAUUCACCUCGCGAAGAUCUCAUUUUCCCUUUUUCCUCAACAGCAGGUUGGCUGAGAAAGGCAGUGCAUAAGCCAUGGUUCUUGACAGCAUUCUAGCUUCUCCUCAUCGUAGGUCACCAUCAUUCAGGAAGCAAUUCCCGCGGGAUGAUCCAUUGAGCUGGGCAACACUCCUCCAAAGGCACCGUUUUCUCUUAACAGCUCUAGCUCUCCUGGCAUUCCUAUGCACUGUUUAUCUUUAUUUUGCUGUCACGUUGGGGGCUACUGGGUCAUGUUCUGGUUUGACCGGAGCUCAAAAAGCAUUGUGUCGUCUGGAGCAUGCAAAGGCUUCUGUGGCUAAGGGAAAAUUGAAAAUCCUUUGACAAGAGGAUGAAAAUGAAUAGUUGGAAAGUUUUUACCUUCAUUGGUUCUUCUUAUUUAUAAAGGGAUUUAAGUAGAUAUACUAUUAAGUUGUAACAGGUGUUGUACUGAUUUUGAACUCAAUGGUCCGGAGAUGGCAGUGAAAUCCGAUUAAUUACAUACAAGAAAUGUAUCAAGAUUUUCAUUUUGAAACCAUGUGUAACGACUUUGGUUUGAAGGAGCUGAUGCUAUUUCCUUUGAAGAAUUUUUACGAUAAAAAAUUCCGCUUGUAAUUUAC